AUGGCCUGGUCAAAUGAGAGGGUCGCUACGGACGGCGUGGACGGGCUGCCCCGGGAGGCAGCGAGCGCGGAGCAGCCGCCCUCUCCAGCAUCCACCGGCAGCCAGGAAUCCAAGCUCCAGAAACUAAAACGAUCACUUUCUUUCAAGACCAAGAGUCUACGGAGCAAAAGUGCUGACAACUUCUUCCAGCGAACCAACAGCGACGCGAAGCUGCAAGGGGACGUGCUGGCUGAGGUCAGCCCCAGCUCUAGCCCACUCCCCGCCCCCGGAAGCCUGACGUCCACUCCCACCAGGGCUGGCUUGCACCCAGGCAACAGCAAGGCCCAUGCCUUCCAGGAACACAUCUUCAAGAAGCCCACUUUCUGUGACGUCUGCAACCACAUGAUUGUGGGAACAAAUGCUAAGCACGGACUGCGCUGCAAAGCCUGUAAGAUGAGCAUCCACCACAAGUGCAUGGACGGCCUGGCACCCCAGCGGUGCAUGGGCAAGCUGCCAAAGGGGUUUCGGCGUUACUACAGCUCCCCCUUGCUCAUUCAUGAACAAUUUGGAUGCAUUAAAGAAGUUAUGCCCAUUGCCUGUGGCAAUAAGGUGGACCCUGUCUAUGAGGCCCUCCGCUUCGGCACCUCCCUGGCUCAGAGGACAAAGAAGAGCAGCUCCGGCAGUGGCUCUGAUUCGCCUCGCAGAACCUCUACCUCAGACCUUGUGGAGGUUCCUGAGGAAACUGACGGGCCAGGAGGCGGGUAUGACCCACGGACACGCAGCAACAGCGUAUUCACGUACCCGGAGAACGGCACGGAUGACUUCAGAGGCCAGGCAGAGAGCGUGGACCACCAGGGACCUCUUUCCAAAGACGCAUUACAGAUGAACACCUAUGUUGCCUUGUACAAAUUCGUACCACAGGAGACUGAAGACUUGGAAAUGAGACCCGGAGACAUGAUUACUCUUCUAGAGGAUUCCAACGAAGACUGGUGGAAAGGGAAAAUUCAAGACAGGAUUGGCUUCUUUCCGGCCAACUUUGUUCAGAGAGUACAACAGAAUGAGAAGAUUUUUAGAUGUGUUAGAACCUUCAUCGGGUGUAAGGAACAGGGGCAGAUAACACUGAAAGAGAAUCAGAUCUGCCUGACGUCUGAAGAAGAACAGGACGGCUUCAUCAGGGUCCUCAGUGGAAAGAAGCGAGGCCUUGUCCCCCUGGAUGUCCUAGAAAAUGUCUGACGGCCGGCCCCUCCUCCUUUUGCAGUGGACAAGCUCUGCUGCGAUGCCUCAUCUCACACUGUGUCAACCCAGAGGAGCUGUCUGUCACACUGACCCAGCCACCAGGGAACAGUGGGACAAGACUCAAGGAUCUGAGACUGUGGAGUGUCAGCCACAAGACAGAGGGUCCACUGCACAGCAUAUCCAGGCUGCCCAAGGUGGGGAGAAGGCUGAGGGAGUCUCUGGCAGAGCUGAGGACCCGACCUGGUGGCAGUAGCAGGGCAGCAACCACAGCUGUCCCCCAGGACUCAACUCCCUCCCUGUCCAUGUGGUGUGAGUUAACCCACUGGAGUGUCCUCCAGUUUGCGGUGUGGCCCCAGUUGCGAGGUUCAGAUCCAUGCAGCUGAGUGUGAUUCUGAUUCCAGACCUUUGUCCUCAAUACCAAUGAACAUCGUCACAUUUAAGACCCCCAAGCAGGCCCUCUGCAGAGCGUCUGGAAGUCCCACUUCCUGGCUCCCAACAUUCCAGGGCUCCCCCGGGGCCCCUCGCUUUGUGACAGUGCUGUCUCUCCUGUCCUCCGAGAGAGCCUGGGGGUAUGCAUUACACGGGAGGGCCAGGCUGAUGCAGAGCCAGCUGCGAAGACCUGGUCUGCCCACAGGUGACUGGCAGGCAGUCCCCCCUGCUGCUCUAGGGACCGACAGGUGCCAGAGCAGGACGGGAGGCAUAGAUACGAAGGGCAGAGCGGGAGUAAGAUAGGGCACAGGCCCUUAUUUAUUGAAGAUAGUGCAGCCCUUUCAGUAAUGAAGUCCUUUCCCCAAGGAGAUGGAGCCGGGGAGAGAAUGUGGCCCAGAGCCCGUGUGAGGAGCUUCACUCUCACCUUGCACCUUCUGGAUUAGGGGAACACUUUCCCAUCAUGCCAUUUUGUGGGACUCCCCCCUCCUGGAGGCUGAGUCCACCCUACAAAGGACAAGAAACCUGGAUGAGAUCCAACAGCAUCUUAGGAGAAAAGUAGUAAAUUGGAAUCUCUUCGUCAAGGCGGAAUAUUCUAUCCGAGCGGAUGUGAGACUGAAAAGAACCCUGAACGCUUCGGCCUCUGAGAGCAGAGGAACUCGGGGCCUGUUUAGCAUCAACGAGGGGAGUGUCUGUUACUCUGCACUUGUACUAAUGUUUACAAGAAUGCAAUAUACUGUGAUGCCUUCCUCAUUCCAGCGUCAUCCAACUGCUCCUUAAUAUGGUUAAGCUUCAAUUCCCGAUGACCUUGGAAUCCAUGUCAGGUUGAUGUAGUCUGUUGCAGAGCAAUAAAACCAUCUGGACGAUUGGUUUUUAAAAGUC